AUGGCGUUUCAAGAAGAGGAAAAAGACCAACUUGCCUUGGAACUUACACGGGAAUUGUCGCACACUCCCUAUGUCUGCUCGUCUUUGACUCACCUCAGUGGCGGUACCGCCAACUUCCUUUUCCGUGGGAUCCUGGCUUGUCCUCUGGAUGAUGGAGCACAGACGGUGGUGGUGAAGCAUUCCAAGGAGUUUGUCGCCGCAAACCGUAAUUUUGCUCUGGAAGUGUCUCGUUGUGCCUUUGAAGAGACUAUGCUAAAUGCAUUGGACAGUCUCCCGAACACCACGACUGGAAAGAUCUCUGUCCGCACUCCCCAUCUGUACCAUUUUGAUCAAAAGCAAAACACGCAAAUCUUAGAGGAUCUAGCAGACACUAUUGAUCUCAAAACUGUCCUGGUGUCCCCUGAGGCUGGCAUUGUUUUGCCGCAGUCGACAUCAACUGCCAUCGGUCGCGCUGUAGGUGCCUGGCUCCGGGCCUUUCACUCGUGGACAGCGCAACCUGCACAAGCAAAUCUGCACAAAGAGAUGGCGGUCAAUGAACCGAUGCGGAAAUUAAGAUAUCAGAUCAGCUACGGUGCAUUUGCCGACGUUGUACAGAAGUUCCCUGAUAUAUGGGUUGAGUACGGAAGCAUCCUGAAUCAGGUGCAGGAAAUGGCAGCACAGGAAUACUCCCAGUCCAUCUGUGAUCAAGGAGUCGAGGAUUGGGGCAUCAUACACGCUGACUUUUGGGCCGGCAAUGUCCUAAUUCCAAACACGCCAUCCUUGGACAACCGACAGCUAGAAGGAAUGGAUGUCUACAUCAUUGAUUGGGAGCUGUCUCAAUUCGGUCGAAAGGUAUACGAUGUUGGCCAAAUGAUUGGAGACCUCUACGAGCGAAAGCAUUUCCUGAACGUCGACAGCGCAAUUUGGACAAUCCAAGGCUUUGUGGCUGGGUAUGGUCCCCUGGAUGAUGCGAUGGCCUUCAGGGCUGCCAUACAUGUCGGAGUCCAUUUGAUCUGCUGGUAUAUCAGGCGGGACCCGACGGCACCGUUUUUGGAGGAUCCGAAGUUGAUACAUGGUGCUAUCCGCACAGGAUCUGAAUUUAUUGUAAAGGCAUGGAAGAAAGACCGAGCAGGGUUUGAUGACACUCCUUUAGCUUGCUUGUUUGCGUGA